AUCUUCUUCUUCUGCACUCCCCUUUGUCUUCCUGACAGAAAUGGUAAAUAUGGUAAAUAUUUUUCACAACCGCUAUGCCUUAAUUAUAUAUAACUCGAAAUAAAACUAUUUAGGUAAGUGAAAGACACAUGUAAAUUGAAAUGUUCCUUGAUUUUUAAAUUGUUCAGAUAAGUAAAUUUACAGCUCCUUGAGUACACAAGUGGUUUGGCUUUCUCCACCGAAUUCCAAAAGUUUUCCAGCCACACCCACACCCAUCCCCAUCUCACAUUAUCUUUUAAUCUUUUAUCUUCUGGUUAAUCUACACUCUUAUGAUGAUCAUCCAGAUUCAUCCCAUCUGAAUUUCUUGGCAAUUGUUUCGCAUAAACUUAGCCCAACAAAGAUUUAUUUUUAUAGGAUCCACCCUUCAUUCCAAUGGCGUCUUCUUCAACUUCAACCGUUCACAGGAGCUUUAAGUAUGAUGUGUUUUUGAGUUUCAGGGGUGAAGAUACUCGUACUAACUUCGUUGAUCAUCUUUAUCAUGCUCUCCAGCAGAAAAGCAUUCUUACUUACAAGGACGAUGAGAAAAUAAAAAAAGGUAAAAAGAUCAAUGAUGAGCUCAUCGGAUCGAUUGAAGAUUCAAAAUUCUACAUCAUUGUUUUCUCCAAGAACUAUGCCUCUUCAUCUUGGUGCUUGGAUGAGCUUGUGAAGAUAAUGGAGUGCCACAGGACGACAACAGAGCACACUGCUUACCCUGUCUUCUAUGAUGUCGAACCCUCUGAAGUCAGAAAACAAAGUGGAGCAGUUGGAGAAGCAUUUGCCAAGUACGAAAUGGAAGAGGCUGCUGGGAAAUGGAGAGUGGCUCUGAAAGAAGCAGCAGAUCUUGCUGGGUGGGAGUUGAAGAAGACUGCUGAUGGGCAUGAAGCUAAAUUCAUCCAAAAAAUAGUUAAAGAGCUUUCAUUAGAGUUACGUUCCGUCAGUUUCAACAUUGAUGAAAAGUUAGUAGGAAUGGAGACCCGGAUCGAAGAUCUUGUACCAUCUUUAGGAAUUGGUUGUGAUGAUGUCCGCAUGAUUGGGAUCAAGGGGAUGGGAGGUGGUGGAAAGACAACUUUAGCAAGAGCUCUUUUUGAUCACAUAUCCUUUCAGUUUGAAGGUAAAAGCUUUGUUGAAAAUGUAAGGGAAAAUGCUUCUUCAUUUGGUUUAAAGUCUUUGCAAAAGCAGGUCCUUUCAAAUGUCUUAAAUGACAACAUACAUGUAAGUAGUAUUUAUGAUGGGAAACAAAUGAUGAAGAGGAUGAUGAGUGAUAAAAAGGUUCUUAUUGUUCUAGAUGAUGUGGAUCAUAUAGACCAACUUGAGGCGUUAUCUGGUGAGCUUAAUUGGUUCAAGCUAGGAAGUAGAAUUAUCAUCACAACAAGAGAUGCACAAGUCCUGGUAGCAUACAGAGUGGAGUUCAUUCAUGAUGUCUAUUUGUUAUCGGAUAAGGAAGCAAUUUGCCUCUUCGAUCAGUAUGCCUUUGGGAGAGAGAUUCCAAUUCAAGAUUAUGAAAAUCUAUCAAGACAAGUUUUACGUUAUGCCGCUGGUCUUCCCUUAACAAUCAGAGUUUUGGGUUCAUUUCUUUGUGGUAAAAAUGAACUUGAAUGGAUAGAUGCUCUAGAACGACUAAAAACGAUUCCGUUAUCAGAGACUCUGAAAAAAUUGGAACUAAGCUAUAUCGCUCUAGAGGAGGAUUACAAGGAAAUGUUUCUAGAUGUUGCAUGCAUCUUGAAAGGUUGGCAAAAAGAUGAUGCAAUCAAAGCACUUGAAAGCUGCGGAUUUCAUGCUAGAAAUGGUUUAAGAGUUCUUGAGCAAAAGUCUCUCAUAACUAUUAAUUAUCAUAAUUCACAUUAUUCCCAUAAUGUGAAUUAUGUGGGCAUGCAUGACCAUCUUCAAGAAAUGGGCAGAAAUAUUGUUCGCCGCUCGCUCCCACCUCACGAACAUAGCCGAUUGUGGAUUGAUGAAGAAAUUGGAAAUGUAUUGGCUAAUGAUUUGGGUACCAAAGCGACAAGGUGCAUACUACUCGACACUCAAAAUAGCAAUCGGGAAUUUGAUCUCAAAGGUCUUAGAAAGAUGAGGGAACUUAGAUUUCUCUCCAUGGGAAUUGCUGGUUAUCAGUAUUGGGAUUCGUAUAUAGUCAACCCAGAAUUUCCAAAUGCUUUACGAUAUUUGCAUUUGAUGUAUUACCCUUUUAGGUCUUUACCCAUAACAUUUCAAGCAAAUAACCUUGUUGCACUUGAGAUGUUUGGCGGUGAAAUCAUACAACUUUGGGAAGGGGGAGAAAGAAAGGUUCUUAACAAGCUGAGAAUCCUGGACCUCAGUUGUUCAAUGUUGACUACCCUUGACCUUGGCAUUGCUCCAAAUCUUGAGAAGUUGGAUCUUGGAAUGUGUUCUAAUUUGGUAAAACUUCACAUGUCUGUUGAAUGUUUAAAGCUCGUAUACAUCCACCUCAGAGAUGCAUGUUUGAUAAGGACCCUUGACCUUAGGCAGGCACCAAAUCUCGAAGAGUUGAUUCUUGACUUUUGCGACGAUUUGGAAAAACUUAAGAUGCCCAAUAGAUGUCUAAAUCUCCGAUCUCUACAACUCAAUAAUUCAAAGUUGAGGACCCUUCACAUUGGGCAGACACCAAAUCUCAAGAAUCUAGAUCUUAAUAGGAAUUAUUGCCUGGAAGAACUUGACAUGGCAGAUGAAUGUCAAAUGCUUGCGAAACUCAACAUUAGUCAUUCAAAGUUGAGAACCCUUGACCUUGGAACAACUCCAAAUCUCGAGAGGUUGGAUCUUGAAGAAUGUUAUAAUCUGGUAGAAAUUCGCCCUCCCGUUGGUGGUCUGAAAAAGCUUGUCAACUUACACUUAAGUGCGUUGGGGUUUGGAUAUUUUUCGUUUAAGAUGAAGGAUUAUACUUGUAGUGUUGAUGAAUCACUUCAGGUUGGUCCUUUAGCUGAGUUACAUUUGAUGGCGCAGUCCCUAGAAAGUUGCCCGCUUCACCCCGAAAGUAACUUGCCAAAGUUUCGGUUUAGAUGUUUUUAUAAAGAAGAUCGACCCUCAUUGACUAGAAAUCUUGAGAUGCUUUUUUCUGUUGGUAUGUGUGCUUGCACAAACCUUGAGACGUUUUCAGGAAGUAUGUGUGGGUUACGGCGUUUAAGAAGGCUUAAACUUGAAGGCAAUAUUAUAGAGGUGCUCAAGGAUCUUGACAAUGGUGGGAUGAAUUUUGAAAAGUUUGGAAGACCUGCAAAAGCCAAUUCACAAAGGACUAUUGUAACAGGCCAUGAAACCUAACACUGUUUCUUGUGGAAUAUUUGUCUUUGGAUCUAAUCAUAGGUAGUGAUGGUAUCAUGGCAGCUACUAUGGUGAUAUUGCACUGAACAUGAAGGAUGGGAUGCUGCAUAUAUUCUGUUCUUCUUCAACAAUCUUGGCAACUGGGGGUUAUGGUAGAUCAUAUAUAAAUCUCAGCAACCUCUACUCAUAAUCUGGUCUCUCUAUAUAUCUAGAUAUAUAGGUCUUCCUCUUGAGGUGUAACUUAACUUUAUUUCAUCAUUCCCAUGAAUUUCUAUUAAUAAAUAAUCGUUUCACACUAC